GGCGCUUUGCCACUUGUACCCGAGUUGUUGAUCCUCAACAUGUCCGAGACUGCUCCUGUCGCUCCCGCUGCCGCGCCUCCGGCGGAGAAAAUCCCCGUAAAGAAGAAGGCGGCCAAGAAAUCUGGGGGGCCGCCUCGUAAGGCAUCCGGUCCCCCGGUGUCAGAGCUCAUCACCAAAGCAGUGGCAGCCUCUAAAGAGCGCAGCGGGGUUUCUCUGGCUGCUUUGAAAAAAGCGUUGGCUGCUGCUGGCUAUGAUGUGGAGAAAAACAACAGCCGAAUCAAACUUGGUCUCAAGAGCCUGGUGAGCAAGGGCACUCUGGUGCAGACGAAGGGCACCGGUGCUUCUGGAUCCUUCAAACUCAACAAGAAGGCAGCCUCUGGUGAAGCCAAGCCCAAGGUUAAGAAGGUGGGCGCAGCCAAGCCUAAGAAGCCGGUUGGGGCAGCCAAGAAGCCUAGGAAGGCGACUGGCGGAGCCACCCCGAAGAAGAGCGCUAAGAAAACACCGAAGAAGGCGAAGAAGCCGGCCGCGGCCACUGUCACUAAGAAAGUGGCCAAGAGCCCAAAGAAGGCCAAGGUUGCGAAGCCCAAGAAAGCUGCCAAAAGUGCUGCUAAGUCUGUAAAGCCCAAGGCCGCCAAGCCCAAGGUUGUCAAGCCUAAGAAGGCGGCACCCAAGAAGAAAUAGGUGGACGCCUGCUUCUAAAAACCCAAAAGGCUCUUUUCAGAGCCACCACUGAUUCCAAUAAAAGAGCUGGAUACUUGUUUUUCCCAGUU